AGCCUAAACCCCUCCCGGGCCUCACGUCUCCAAAGAUGAAAGGGCAGCGGGUUCUCUAGGGAGGAGGCGGGCGUAGCCCUGGCCUGCGGAGCACAGCGGCUUCUUUGAACACUGGCAGUGGAGCCCGGGUGACCUUUGCCUUCCGGUAGCUGGGAUGGCCCACGUGAGGCUGUUGACUGAACAGAGGGCAGCUGGGCUGCAAGCCUGUGUGGGCCUCCCAGUAGUGAAGGUUUCAGGGAGGGUCGUGCAGGACUGCCCGCGUUCCUGAAGCCCGCGGACGGCGCACGGGCCAGUGUUACUCAUGCGCAUCGAAGCUCUUGCAGGAGACAGCUGACGCCUGUUGGCUCCCUGGAUGUGGGGGUCUGCAUCCGCAUCCCUGUCCCCGGAGGAGCGGAGGGUCCUGGAAAGGAAGCUGAAGAAGGAGCGGAAGAAGGAAGCGCGGAGGCAGCUGCGGGAGGCGGGCAUCGCUGCAGCCCCAAGCCCGGCGAUCAAGCGCUCAGGGGCCGCGCUGGCCCUGGAGUACUUGUGCAGCUGGGCCCAGAAGCACGAGGACUGGAGGUUCCAGAAGACGAGGCAGACCUGGCUGCUGUUGCACAUGUAUGACCGCGACCAGGUCCCUGACAAGCACUUCCCCGCCCUGCUGGCCUACCUGGAGGGCCUCAGGGGCCGCGCCCGAGAGCUGACGGUGCAGAAGGCGGAGGCGCUGAUGCGGGAGCUGGACGAGGCGGGCGCCGGCGCCCUGCCGCCCGGGGGGACCCAGCGCGCCCGGCAGGUGCUGCAGCUGCUCUCCUAGCGGGUGGCUUGGGGGCACCUGGGCCUGGUGGACCCCAGCGAGGGCAAGGGCCCUCUCUCCUGACUCCUUGACCAGGGACUCUUUAGAGGGGAUGAUGAGUCACCGCUCCAUGGUAGAACAAGGUCACUCUGAAAUGACCUGGCCUCCCGGUGGCCCGCAGGCUCCCACGGAAGGUGCUUUUUGCGGGAGACGUCUUGUUUUUCUGCCACGACUAUCCUAGAGCUCAGAGCUGGCCUUUCCUGUCAGCUGGGGCCCAUUCGCGUGGGGGCGUGGCCUCCUCCUCCUGAUGAUCCCGCCCCUGCGUCUGCCUGGCCACCUGCCUGCCUUCCCUGGGCUGGGGGCCAUCGCGCCUCCCCCGGCUGUAUUUUCAAUAAAAACAGGCCCCUGGGGGCCGUGGCUCAUCA